UGGAGAAGCUACGAGCGGAUACUUCAAGAAAAAGACAGUCUUUCUAAAACAUUCAAUAUAACACUGCAAUAAACAAUGAACUUCUGCAAGGUGACACACAGGUUUAACCAUUUCAGACAAGAUGGAACUAGCAGAGAACCAUGCAUUCAACCAUUUCAGCCAUCGCCAUCCUCUGGAAAAUUCCACAACCUCAGCUUCCACGAUAGACAACACAACCUGCUACGGCUGCAAUCUCAGAAUAUUGUCCGGCAAGGACCAGUACAAUUGUAAAGCUUGCUCCUUUUCCUUACAUCGGAUAUGUUCUAACAUGCCCAGAAAAACUCGUCACCCUGCUCAUCCAGAUCACUAUUUAACCCUCUUGAUUUCGCCUCCAUCUUCUAAUACCACCUUUAAGUGUAAGGCUUGUGGACAUCUUAUCUCAGGAUUCUACUACAACUGUGCUGAAUGUGGCAUUUACUAUCAUAUCUUAUGCUCAGCGCUGCCUCUCUCGAUUGCAAUCUCUUCCCAUCCUCACACGCUCAAGAUAAAAUUCUCGCCGCCAUACGUUUUCUACUGUGAUCUAUGUGAUAAACCAAGUCAUGUAGGGUGGCUUUACAGGUGUCGGUUCUGUGAGUUUGAUGCUCAUAUUUCUUGUGCCAUCUCCCAACGAAGAUCUCAACCUGUGCCCUUGCCUAACACUUUAACAAGGCAGAUUAUAUACUCUUCAGCGUCCAUAAUGGAGACCAGUCGACUGAUAGAUUAUGGAAUUGAGAGUGAUGAACUGAUGCAAUUAGUAGUGCAGGGAGUUGCAAGAGGCAAUGAUGUUGCAGUGGCAGGAUGGGAUGAGAGAUUGCGAAGCCCACAAGAGAAGCUUGAGAUUGGAAGAUUUCAGUUGAAUCAAACAGAAACACAAAUGUCUAGAACUGGUACAAGUAAUAAAGAUCCAUCAGGCUCAGUUUCUGAAGACCUGACAAUCCCAAGUUACCAGUUCAGUGACCAAUGCUUUUCAAUAGAUUUGCAGAAAUCUUGUUCAAGUGUAGACCUUAGAAGCCAGACCAGGAAGGAAGCUAGUCAUCAAGAUGCUAAAGUUGUUCCUGAAGUUGAAACAAGGAUUAGCAGUGAUAAAAUGACAAUGCUUAAUAGUAAGAAUUCAGGUAACAAACCAGUUUUCAAUCCCCUUUACAAGGCUCCAGAAGAUUGGCUAAACGAAGCAUCAUUGCUUGAAGGUUCCAAUCGUUAUGAUGGGAUGAAAUUAGGACAAAAAGAAGAAAAUGGAAAAACAAAUGGAUAUGGAGGCAGCAGGCCGCCAGCUGGGAUUAAAGAAGAUGGUGUUAAAUCAGGCAGCUGGAGUUGCUUACGUUGGUGGACCAGACAUGAGAAAUGUUCUAAAAGCUUCAAGAAUGGAGGCCUGUGAAAACUGCUGCUAAUUUAUGGUUGAAGCUUAGAUUAGGGAACUAUCACAAAGUAAUUUUACAAUUGAUUUUUGUUGUACGAAUUCUGAGAAAUUCAAUGUCAAAGCCUGUGGAAAAAAUGGGUGAAAUUUUGUGCUAUAAAGAAAUAAUUUUUAAAAUAAUUUUUUUGGAUUAGUUGGCAGAAAACAAGAGGAAAUAAAAUAUUUACGUCUCUAGUUGGAGAUGUUUGCAUGGCUAAUAUAAUUUUCAUAAAGUAGCCUUUUGCAAU